AUGGAGCUCGCUUCCAGCUUUUCUCUCUUGCACGCGAAGCUGUCAAAACUCGGGUUUCGCGACUGGGACCAGGUGAGCGAGGGCGACGUCAUGACUGGCAAUCCCCACACUUACUCGUUUUUUCUGCGGUUUCUUUACCACCGCUUUCCCGCCGCCACCGCGGCACUGAUUCGCAAACACGACUGGUUCAUCCUGGAACACAGUGACAAAAAUAUUGGUGCCGCAACGGUGCGUCUCCUCGCCACAGAGACGGGUGAGGUGCAUGGCAUCUCGGGUGCCCAAUUCGGCCGCUGCAAGUAUGCCUCGGCAAAGGUGGCAAUGUGCCAUUCGCUUUUGCGUCUUCUCCGCUCCCUCACGCCGCAGCCCUCGACCAAGAGAAGCCCGGCUCGCGUUCCUAUAGCAUCUCGGCCGCCGAGGACGGCCUGGGAGCCGGCCGCCGCUUUACCUGCACCACCCGUCGCGGCGACACUGGUGGACAAGCGAAGGCGCGAGCUCAACUCCCUGCAGCGCUCCUAA